UUAAAAGUCCAACAGUGGGAGUGUGCAGCAGACUAAUGAUGGCGCGACUUUAAUUCCUGACUAUUUCAGUUAUGGCCAACAGAGGGCAACAUUUAUCCAUAAAAUACGAUUAAACCUCACUGAACCAAAGUGAAUUGGGUUACACUGUAAACUUUAUAGAGAUUUCGUAUGUGAUCAGAAACGAUGCAUUCAUUUCCCAGAGUGGUCGCACUGUGUUAUUGUAGUUGACGUAAUCGUGUACAAUGGCAUGACGUAAUAUAUGAGCCUAUGACUUAAACGCACUCAAGAGAAGGUUCAGUGCUUACUUCUGGCUCAGUUGAGUUGAUGAUUUACAAAGGAGAGUCAUCCUCAUGUUCAAAUAAAUCACUUUGAGUGGACAAAGAUGACAUUCUGUGAGUACAGCAAAACGGGCCAAGAUUUUGUAAAAAAAAAAAAUUGAAAUGUAUUUUAAAAUGUAUUUGUUUAUAAAAAAUGUCAGGUCCAAUCUGAAGGGUGCCUGAAAGCACAAUGGAUAGAAAUCAUAAACGGUUGAGAAUAAUUCUUCAAAAAGUAAGUCUCAUAAGUGAUUAAAAAAAUGUUUUUGUUAAUUCUGGGGCUUUCUCUCUUGAUAUGUAAUGGGGCUAUCUUCUUGGUAGUAUAGCCUAUAUGCUGUAAAAACAGAUUGACAUGAUUUAUAGUUGGAAAAGUGGGCAUAAUAAUGGAGGGCUUAAGUUAAAUGUAUUUCCUUAUGAUCCUGUACCCCAGGCUAGGACCCUCCAAGCUAGUGCUGGAGAGCAGGUGCUCCAGACAGACGUCAUUUCUGCUGGCCAUGAUGGAGUAAGGCUGCCAGCCCUGGGAGACUGCCCCAAGGACAGCCCUCUAAAGGUAAGAAACAGCUUUUAGUUCUGAUGCAAAACGUCUGGUUGUAACGGAGACCAGUUGGUUGUAAUCUAGUAAUAUGAUGUGUUGAAAACCAGUUUACAACGAGAUAAUAACACCAUUAAGACACAUGGACCACCUACUAGUUAGAACUAAUAGUAUUGGAAUUCUGAUUGUAAAUAUAAGGUUAUGAUUUAUAGUUGGAAAAGUGGGCAUAAUAAUGGAGGGCUUAAGUUAAAUGUAUUUCCUUAUGAUCCUGUACCCCAGGCUAGGACCCUCCAAGCUAGUGCUGGAGAGCAGGUGCUCCAGACAGACGUCCAUUCUGCUGGCCAUGAUGGAGUAAGGCUGCCAGCCCUGGGAGACUGCCCCAAGGACAGCCCUCUAAAGGUAAGAAACAGCUUUUAGUUCUGAUGCAAAACGUCUGGUUGUAACGGAGACCAGUUGGUUGUAAUCUAGUAAUAUGACGGGUUGAAAACCAGUUUACAACGAGAUAAUAACACCAUUAAGACACAUGGACCACCUACUAGUUAGAACUAAUAGUAUUGGAAUUCUGAUUGUAAAUAUAAGGUUAUGAUUUAUAGUUGGAAAAGUGGGCAUAAUAAUGGAGGGCUUAAGUUAAAUGUAUUUCCUUAUGAUCCUGUACCCCAGGCUAGGACCCUCCAAGCUAGUGCUGGAGAGCAGGUGCUCCAGACAGACGUCCAUUCUGCUGGCCAUGAUGGAGUAAGGCUGCCAGCCCUGGGAGACUGCCCCAAGGACAGCCCUCUAAAGGUGUCCUGCCAGCUAUCAAGAAGGGCACUAAAGUUACUCAAAUGGAGACAACAGAAACCCCAGGUCCCCUGACACCUAAUGAUGGGGAGAUAAUGAUCUCCUCUCCAUCUGUUGAUGACCUCCUGACCCCAAAGAGUGAUGUGACGUCCGUGGCUAAGAGCGAUGAUGCCUCCUGUCCAAUUUCACCUGAGGCGUUCUCUCUAACGAACUUCCUGAAGUCUCACCCUCAGAGAAAGCUUAUCAGGAAGUUCCUCAAACAAAUGAACGUGACAAUAGGCGACCUGGACGAAAUCAUCGAGUGGGUGGUGUGUGUCUCCAGUGAGGUGUUCCUCCCAGUGAUGGCUCUGCACAGGACCUCCAGACCAGAGUCGUCAGACUUGUCCCACUGGGGGUCAGGUGUGCUCCAGAUCGUCUCUGAAAAGUUCCACCAGCGGAGUUCUGAGCCAAAGGGAAGGCUCCUGGGCGGACAGCCGCCCACUCCCCCUUCUGAGACCGACAAGGAGCUUCAGGGCAUAGCAGAUCUGUCUGUGAGUAACAUCCUGAAAAGGGCCCAGGAGGACCUCUUCUCUUCUGGUGAGGAUGACCUGGAGAACACCCAUCCAGGUAUUACUCUGACAGAAGAGAAGCUCUCCAGCAUCUUCUCAGAGCUGUUCAGGGAUGCCUGUGAGAGUGCCCAGGAGGCCGCCAGACGGAUCCACCACAUGAGGUCUGGAAGAGGCAACAACAGCCAGAAUGGGAGUUGGCCUGGGUCGUCACAGGGAUCGAGCAAAUCCAACAUGCCAGAGUUGGGAGAACUGGGGUCAGUGAGGAGUCCCAAGGGAAGUGACGUCCAUAAAGUUCUUAGCGAGGGGUCCCUCCCUGUCUUUGCCCUGUUUGAGGAGAGGCCAGGGGAAGUUGGGGAGACCAGCAGCCCUGCUGGGGAGAUGGACGAGACACAGACUGCCAGCACUCCCAGCAUUCCCCGGUCUGGGCAUGGCGGCAGAAGGAGUAGCCAGACCACCACUCCCACCCCCGGCCACAGAGAGGCAGGAUUCACAGCCAGUAACAUCUUUGAUGUUAUUAUUCAUCUGGCGCACUCUGACACUGACCGGGAACUCCACCAGGAGUUCAGCAGUGAGGAUGAUGUUUCACUGAAUGACAUCAUGGACAUGAAGUCAACCCUGGCCCUGGGUCAGAUCCUGUCCUCAUGGAAGCUGGUCAACAUGAUCUUCAGGGGGAAGGUCCACUACUUUGGGAAGGAGCUCAUCUGCAAGGUGUAUCAGAUGCUUCUGGACACCGGUAUGGGCAGGAGGCCAAUGGCCCGCCAGAGCAGGUCCGAGCCCAUCCUGAAAGACCUGGCUGCCAACCGUAGGCUCUCCAAUGAAUUCUUCACAGACGUGCUGUACAUGUUCAUCCAACGGGCCAUUAAGAAUCUGCUGGAGAACUUUUUGGGUCUGCCGACCACCCCACCAGGCAGAGACAUAAUGUGGAAUGACAACUUUAACUGGAUGUAUAGGGACGGCUGGGGGAACACCCCCACAUCCAGCGAGGAGGAAUUGUGGGACAGCGACUCCACCUGGUCAAGUGGGCAUGGGGAGGAGGAAGGGACAGAGUCCCGUGGGAGGUGGGCCGCUCUGUUGGAGAAGGGCAGCUUCCUGACCCUCCAGUCCUCCAGCUCCCUCUCCCUCUCCGAUGACAACAAGGAGGCACUAGGGGCCGUCUGCCAAGUCCUGACCACCAGGGUGGGAGACAUCCUGAACAGUACCUGCAACGACGAUUGCAAGGCCAGGCUCAUCAUCCAGAAAGGAUUGGAUUCCGGUGCCAGGGAAAGGUUCCCUGACUUUCCGUGUCCCUCUUCACCCAAGGACGAAGAGGAGGUGGUUGUGAGUGCCAUGACUGUCUCAUACCCUAAACCCUCCACCUCAACCCAGGCAGCAUGGGCAGCUCCUGCCCAGACUCUGGACGUUUUUCUGCCCAGACCCUGCCUGGAUGAAGAAGAGGUAGUGCACAGCACCUCCUUGAAGGACAACUCUGUGACGACCACCCAUGCAGCACUGGCAGCUCCUUCCCAGACCCUGGUAGAAGAGGUGGGAGAAGCUGAGGUGUCCAACGUGAGUGAGUGCUCCCUGAUGCCCACCAAGGCCCUUGAGAAGAUUCCCUCCCUCCUACCAGGCAAGAUCCUUAUCGAGGAGGACACCCUCAGUUGCAGCACUCCCUGGGCCACCGUCAUGAGCCCCCAGACCCUGAGGUUUAUCCUCCACGGCAUCAUGUGCCGACUGGAGGCCUCAGAGUCCCCCCAGACAAGGAGGGCCAAUGACCCCUUCAGGCUGAUGAAGGAUCUCUUUCUGGAGGUCCAGCAUGCCCUGAAGUAUGCUGACAUCUCUGUCCUCUUUGGCCUGGAGGAGAGCAUCCAAUUCAUUGGGGAGGAUGCGGUGAAGGCCAUCGUGAAGACUGCAGCUAAAAGAUUGUCCCUGCGUUCGGACUCCAACCGGGCUCAACUGCGUGCAGCGCGCUCUGGUGGUGAGGCAGCCAUCAGGUGCAUGGCGGACACCAUCACACAAGUCAUAGAUGACUAUUCCGAGGACUGGAGUUCCGGCGGCCAUUUUGGAGCCAGGAGGAGCCGUGCUAGUGGGAGGUCACACUCCUCAACCUCCUCAAGGAGUGACGUCACCCUCACUGAGGAGCUCCUGGCCCGGAGGGAAUCCCUUGAAGAGGACCUAGCGGAGAUGGCUGAUGACAGCACUGGUUUGGAGAAGACCAUUGUAAGCUCAGCCAUCUCUGCCAAGUCCCAGGAUAAGGAAGAGGCUAUGAACGAAGAAGUGAGGAAGUCAGGAAAGAAGAGGCGAAGAAAUAACAAGGACCAGAAGAAGAACAAGGUGUCUCCUCUUGGCAAUGAUAGUACUGUGGCUGCAGAUGAGCCGAAGAAAAAACAGGCUCUCCUCCCGCGGAUCACAGCUGCCCUGGCAAGACUAUUUUGCUUCCCCUGCAAAAAAAGAUGCAAAAAGUAACUGUGCAGAGACGAGUUUGGGAAACCCUGAUACCACCUCCCCCAACCCACUUUCUAAAAAAACAUCAGUGCCACCAGAAGAGGGAGACAACCCCCCCUAUUCACAACUCAUUUUAUUACCCCCCCAUUUAAUUUAAUAAACACAACUUUCAGCUA